AUGGAUCCUAUCAAGUUUAUUUUUGAAAAGCCUACUCUCACUGGAAGGAUAGCUCGGUGGCAGAUGCUAUUGUCAGAGUAUGACAUCGUAUAUGUUACUCAGAAAUUCGUCAAGGGUAGUGCUCUAGCAGAAUAUUUGGCUCAUCAACCCAUUAGCGAUUAUCAACCAAUGCAACCUGAAUUUCCCGAUGAAGACGUCAUGGCUCUACUAGAAGAGAACGGAGAAGACCGAGACGAAAAAGCAUGGACGGUAUUAUUCGACGGAGCCUCGAAUGUGAUGGGACAUGGAAUAGGGGCAGUGUUUGUUUCUCCAGGGAAGCAGUACAUACCAAUGACAGCAAGGUUGUGUUUUAAUUGUACGAAUAAAAUCGCAGAAUAUGAGGCUUGUGCUAUGGGUAUUCGGGCGGCAAUCGAAUCUAAGGCAAGAGUUCUAGAUGUAUACGGAGAUUCAGCUUUGGUCAUCCACCAGUUGAAGGGUGAAUGGGAGACUAGGGAUAGAAAAUUAAUUCCCUACCAGGCUUACAUCAGGGGAUUAAUGGAGUGUUUCGAUUCCAUCACAUUUAACCAUAUACCGCGAGAAGAAAAUCAAUUGGCAGACGCCUUGGCUACCUUGUCAUCAAUGUUCGAAAUUGACCAAGAUGCAGAAUUACCAAUGAUUAAAAUGAAGAGCCAUGCAGAGCCAGCAUAUUGUCAUUUCAUCGAGGAGGAAUUAGACGGUAAACCUUGGUAUUUUGAUAUCAAGCAUUGUCUUAAGACCCGAGAAUACCCUGAGAAAGCAUCUGAAAACGAUAAAAGGUCGCUAAGGAGAUUAGCUGGCAAUUUUAUCUUGAGUGGGGAUAUUUUAUACAAGAGAAAUCACGACAUGGUCCUCCUCAGAUGCGUGGAUGCAAAGGAGGCUGAGCUGAUAUUGAAAGAAGUGCACGAGGGUACCUUUGGCACGCACAUGAACGGGCACUCGAUGGCCAGGAAGAUAUUGAGAGCUGGUUAUUUUUGGCUGACCAUGGAAAGUGAUUGUUGCACACAUGUGAGAAAGUGUGAGAAAUGUCAGAAGUAUGCAGAUAAUAUCAAUAUGCAACCUACGACUCUAAGCGUGUUGUCUGCACCGUGGCCAUUUUCGAUGUGGGGGAUAGAUGUCAUUGGAGCUAUAGAGCCGAAGGCGUCGAAUAGACAUCGUUUCAUACUAGUCGCAAUCGAUUACUUCACCAAAUGGGUGGAGGCUGCUUCUUACGCCAACGUGACUAGAAAGGUGGUGACCAGAUUCAUAAAAAGGGAGUUGAUCUGUAGAUACGGGCUCCCUAACAGAAUCAUCACUGAUAAUGCCACUAACCUGAACAACCAGAUGAUGGCAGAGUUAUGUGAGGAAUUCAAGAUUCAUCAUCAUAAUUCUUCUCCUUACCGUCCAAAGAUGAAUGGGGCGGUAGAGGCUGCCAAUAAGAAUAUCAAGAAAAUUGUGCAAAAGAUGGUGGUCACCUAUAAAGAUUGGCACGAAAUGCUUCCUUUUGCUCUACAUGGAUAUCGCACAUCGGUACGAACAUCAACCGGGGCAACACCUUUCUCGCUUGUGUAUGGGAUGGAAGCAGUACUUCCAUUUGCAGUGGAAAUUCCGUCCUUACGAGUGUUAAUGGAAACCCAACUAGAGGAAGCUGAGUGGGUUCAAGCUCGAUUUGAUCAGCUCAAUUUCAUUGAAGAAAAAAGGUUAACAGUAGUGUGUCAUGGGCAAUUGUACCAAAGAAGAAUUGUUGUACUCUGUGUUAUUUCAUUCAAUAAAUACUGCACGGUUUCAUUCAUAUUUUUUGUUCGCACGCUUCUUGAAAUAUUGCAUGUCUCGCUGAGCUUUUAG